AGCGACUGAGCGAGAAAACCUCAAGGGAAGGGAGAGACGUGGAAAGUCGCAAUCCGUCACCGCCAUGACCAUCGGUGAAGAACAGCGGCAGCGAGAAUCACCCUCGCCGGUGACCUUGAACGACGCCGAAAUCGUGCAUUUAGCUCAGCGGCAGCAGCAGCAGCAACAACACCAUUAUCACCAGCAAACCACCCAUUCUCUCCCCGAAUUUCUCCUCUCCCCGAAGUCCCACAAAACCCUCUUAUCCUUUCUCCACGCCCGGGCCUCCUCCCCCUCCCCCUCCGCCGCCGUCCAUGAAUACGUCGUCUCUCUUCUCUCUCUUAUCUCUGCCUCUCCCCAGACCCCCUCUAUCUAUCCCCUCCUCUCCUCCCUCCUCCUAUCCUAUACCCAUAUCUUCCCUUCGCUUCCCCAUGACCAAAAUUCCCUCAAAACCAUUAAUUUCUUCAACACCCUCUUGAAUUAUGUACCCACUAAGGAGCUUCAAUCUGUUGUUGAUUCUAUUUUGUCAAGUUUGGGUGAAAUCGUGAAUCUUGAUGACGCCCAGCUGCUCGAUCUUUUUCCUAGGUGUUUGGAUAUCAUACGCACUGCGGAGGACGUUGAGAGAGGCAGGGAUUACGUCAAUUCCGUCGUGAACAAGAUGAUUGAGGGUGAAUGGUCAAAAGGGUUGUUGGUGAAAAUGGUUUCAAUUGUGAAGGAAUUUGGGUUUCUUGAUAAGGGGGAAAGGAAGGAGUUUUUGGGGAAGAUUUUUAUGGGGAUGAAGAAUGUGGAUUUGCAGGAUUUGCCUUGGCUUGCAUACCAGUUGCUGGUUUUGGCAUCUAAAGGGUUCAAUAAGAGGGAGGUGAUUGAAGGGAUUGUAUGGUUUUUUGGGUCCAAAAUGGGGUCCAAAAUGACAUCUACAGUUAGGCAGAUUGAAGGGACUGUGUUACUUCAUGUGAAUUUCGCUGUGAAGCAGGAUCCUUCUCUGGGCCAAGAGGUUUUAGGGUUACUGAAAUCUGACCUUAGAGCCUUUAAUCAUUUUAUGGUGGCUGUUUUAUUAUCAGUUUCGAGAGUACGGAGGUUCAGUGAAAGCUCAUUUGGUAUUUUGAAAAUGGCAGUAUUUACUGCUUACCGGGACUACAAAAUUGCCAGAGACUGUAAGUGGAUACCAGAUGAUCAGAAGGAAGAUUAUCUGCAGAAUGUCAAAGUUGUGGAGAAGUCUGUGUUAAGAGCUGUAAAUGAAAGCAACUACGGAAGGGAGCAUAUCAUUCCCAGCAUUGUUCAAUUUGGCUUUGUCUUGCUAGAAUCGGUGGAAGAGAGCAAGUGCAAAGAUCUCUGCAUAUCUGAUGGUCUCCUUGGCAUUGAAGAGCUUGGUAUUCAAAUGUUGAAAACUCUAUUUGAGAUUCAUGAUAUGGCAAGAAAUGAGAUUAUUGACCAAUGCAAGUUCCGUAUUCUUUCAUUGAAGUCAGAGCAGAGUAGGCCAAUCAUAAGGUUGCUAAGUUUUUUGAUUCAGAGUUAUCCUUACCCAAUGUUGGAAUAUAUCUCUCAUCUCAAGGAACUGUUGGAUUAUUUUACUUUCAUGGAUAAUAAGGUUGCCUCUAAUCUUGUUAAUGCUCUAUUGCCUCUCACCAGACUCAGUCGUGAUCUUCAGCAUUUGAUGUUUCAUACAUUUGUUUCUAUCACUGAUUACUGUGUUUUAGUUGUGCGUAAGGCUAUGUUUAGACGAGAAGAUACAGUCCGUCUGGCAGCAACCAAUGCUAUUAUUGAUCUUAUAAUGGCAGAGAAACAGUUUAAGAAAGAUGGCUCAUUUUCUUUCCAAGACUCAUCAAGUCAAGCCAGUGGCAGCCAGCAAGCCGAGAUACCAUGGAGCACGGGGAGAAAUCUAUUUCAAGAGCUUAGUGGCUUGCUGCAGAGAUGUCUUCAUCAGCAGGCAAAGGUUAAAGAAGCCGUGUAUCAAGGACUGGUAAAGCUUGUUUUGAUGGAUCCAUCAACUGGAGGUCUUGUUCUAGAUUUUCUCGUACCUCAUUUCCAUCGAUUUUUCAAAGAGGAUGCAGAUGUCCAACUUGGGGUGAGCAAUUGUGUUAAGUCUGAAUGUGGCACAGUACUUGUUGAGGAGCCCUUAGAUUGUCUUUUAUCUUGCAUCUCUUGGAUUUUAAUCCUUCAGACACGUGGUAAAACUGAUCAGCCAUCAGAUUCUGUGUGGACUUGUUUUGGUUUCUCCCUUUCACAAGAGAAUGAGGCAGGAAGAAACUUGUCUGAAGAGUCAUUUUCUAGUGCUUUAUUGAAGAUCCGGAAGUUGCUAAGAAAGGGAAACCUGGAAGAAAUUCUUGGUCACAGCCAGGAUGCAGGCUCUGCAGCUCUUCAUGAAGAGAAAAGAAAAUCUUCUGCGUUGAUUUUAUUGGGAAUUGUUGAAGUGGUUUUGAAUGUCAUUGCUACUGAGUCAGAGAAAGUGACCGGGACAAAUAAGGUGGAACUUGAAAAGGAGCUUAUUGAGUUUGUGGAUCUUCAUGAGACUUUGGUAAAGGAUGCCCGUAAAUCAAGGCAGAGUAAUGCAAACAAAAAAUUGAAAACAGCUGCUAGUCAAAAACAAGAUAGCAUUGGUUCCAGUAAUUCCAAAUCAAUUCAGGAGAGAAUUUCUUUCUUGGCAACUUCAAGUAUCUAUCAGUUUUUGCAGAUAGCUCUAAAGCUGUGCACCACUGAAGGCUGCAGUAAUGCUGCAGCUUCGCAGAACAACAAUAGCCAAUCAUCUGACAAGACAUCAAAAUGCUCUACGUUUGUUCAUUUUGUUUUGGUAGCUUCCCUUCAUCAUAUAAAAUCUUCAGCAACUUUUAAAAAGGAAGAUCCACUCAAGAUGUUAGUCUAUGGGGAAAUCAAGACACUGGGCCCCCUUCUGCUAAAAUUAGUCUUUCUGCUCAAAUCAGGGCCAAAGGUUAUGACAAGUCAGAAGAAAAAGGAAAUUAAGGGGAAGAAAGAUGUUGAGGACAGAAAAGAACUUCUCCAUCUAGCACUGAUUUGUUUGAAGGAGAUGAUCACGAUAAGUUUAUAUGAUUCAUGCUUAACUGGAUUGGUUGAAAAUCUAUUGUCAGUUUCUGAACUUGAGCAUGCUGGUCUGGACACUGAACGUGAUUUAGCCUCUUGCACUGAUAAUCAAGCUAUAAGAAACAGAGAACUGUUCCUCCUGAUAAUUUUGAAGCCAUUGCUCUCUGAUCUUCUUUCACUUUCAUUUUUUGACGGUAUUGAGGUUUUAUGUGACAUUAUAUUGAUGAUUGUGAACAAAUUGCCUAGCAAGUUGAGGUAUUCUCAUGGAGCUUGGGUCAUUGAUAUCUGCAAAACCAAUGACAUUAAGAACUUCCAUGUAGUUAAAAGCAUGAUCAGACUUGCUAUCUGUUUAAACUCACCUCCAACUGAUAUGCAAGUGGCUCAGGACAUGGCCAAGAAGAUGUUAAAAAUUAUACAAUCAGACAACAGUGAUUCAUUAGAAGCGUCUGAAUCAUUCUCCCUCAUAAACCUGUCAACAGCUUCUGCUAUAACUUCUUGUAUACUGCAAAUAAUUGAAGCUGACAUUGUAGAUAUGGAAUGGGCCACAAAAAAGCUGAAGACCACGUCUCUAGUCACUCAUAAGAGCACUUACCUUAACCACGAAGGGAAACAUACUUCUGGGUUGGCAUUUGAGGAAAAUCUUUACUCACGUGCAAAAGCAGUUGUUGAAAUAUUAUCUUCCUUUGUUUUGAUGAGCCUUAAGGAUUCGCAGGCAGAGCAUUUUCUCAGAUUGGUUGCAAAGUUCUACAAGCAUUUAGCUCAGAUGUCGAAGCUAAAGAUUGCUCCGAAAGGUUGCAAGCAGAUUUUACCCAGCCUUCAAUUCCAGAAGCUUGUGGAACUAACCUGCAAGCAGCUAACUGUCCCUCUUUAUAACUUUGUGGCAGAGAUGCAACAAGAACAGCAAGAGAAUAGCAACAAUAAGGGCAUCAUCAACAAGAUAAGGAGGGAGAAUAAAUGCAUCCCUGACCUGAUCUUCCAGAUAGAAGAUUACGAGAGGUACCUCAUUCAACUUAGCAAGGCAACCAAAAUCAACUUAUUGAGGCAUGCCAAGCGUAGCACAGCCAGGGAUUUUAAGAUAUUAGACCCCAAGAAUGUUGUCGGAGAAGAUGUUCCAGAUCAUGAGGCCAACCAAAACAACAGUGCUGCAGAUGAAAAUGAAUCAGGCAGUGAUUCUGAAGACAACGAAGGCAAUGAAUCGGAGAAAGUUUCAUCACCUCAGCCUGGUAGUCCUUUAGCUGCAGAGGAUUCUGAAUGUGAAGCUGAAGAUAGAAGUGAUCUUCCUAACACCAAAAGGCUGAAAAGAGGUAUGGUUGUGCAUGAUUCUGAUGAUGAAGAGUAGGCAAGAGAGACGGAGUUAUUAUUGUCUAUAUAAGCUUUAAGUUUCUAAUUUAGAGGAACAGACGGACAGAAGUAGAAUAUACAAAUGUCAAUACUCAAGGAGAAAGGUGAAUGAAAUCAUGACAUUUUU